AUGGCCGCAAGCAACGUCCACCGUUGGCUGCCAUCGUACAUCUCCCUUUCACCCGAGGAUGUCCAACGAUACGCCAAAUUGACGGAAGCUGGGGCCUAUGACCUUGGACCGGCGGAGAGGAGGGAUCCAUGUCGUAACAGGCAGAAGCUCACUUUGGCGAGCAGAGGGCUCAGAAUUGUGAGGCUCUCGAGGACACUCUUCGUCGAGUUGGGAGACAUUUCCGACGUUUACUCCGGAUUCACGAAGUCUCUGCAACCGCUUCCUCUCCUCAUCUGUGGUGUAUACUGCUGCUCUGUAUCCUUCUGCACGGCUGAAUCACCGAAGACCACUUACUUCACUAACUGGCGUCUGGUGCAACUUGAUACGCGGCGUCUGACUGUGAACCAAGGCGAGGAGGACGGGGAUAAGGCCAAUUACUCCCAAGGUGCCUGUGAUGACACCACAUUGAGUAGUGGGACUUCGUCACUGGGAGGUUACGGCUCUGGGAGGUGCGAGUCGAGGCGAAGGCGUAAGAGUAAGCUCAUGGAGCGAAACAAGGACUGGUCGACGGUCGAUAACGCCGCGAGUCUUAUCAGGAUGUCCCCUUCGGAGACAAUACCAACGCAAGCUAUCGGCACAAAUGCUUGGACCGUUGAAGACCAUGUGCAAACAAACGUGAAACACAACGUUAUCGAUGCUAUAAGACUUUCCGAUGGCCUUGGUGUCUCAGUCAAGACGACCCCCAACGACAGCCAGGAGAUUGCUAUCGCGACAUUUGUCUCGUCCCUGAACCUUUUGGAUGACCCGAGCAAUCAUUGCGUCAAGUUGUUAGAAGUGCUGCCUGAUCCGUUGCAUGCGGAUAGAUCGUUGAUGAUUAUGCCGUAUCUACGACCAUUCGACGACCCCGAGUUUGGAGCUAUAGGCGAGGUCGUUGAUUUUGUGAAGCAAACACUCGAAGGAAUUUGCUUUCUUCACAAGCACCGAAUAGCGCACAGGAUUGACCACCCCGUGCGCUACCACCUCAUCGACUUCGGCAUUUCUACGCGUUUCCCCGUAGGAUCAUCCACCUAUGUUACCGGGUUAAAGGGAAGGGACAAGGACGUCCCAGAGCUGUCUGCUGAUGUGCCGUAUGAUGCGAUGAAAGUGGACAUAUUCACACUGGGCAACUUGUACCACAAAGAAUUCGUGCAAAAAUAUCACGGUCUUGAUUUCCUUCAGCCAUUGAUAGGGGCAAUGACGCAACGGCAACCUGAACGACGCCCGGCAGCUGAGGUUGCCCUCGCGAUUUUCGAAGAUAUCAGCUCGCGCCUGAACAGUUCUCUCCUUCGAUGGCGACUGCGGUCUCGUGCCGAGUCGCAGCCAGAGCGCGUGCUCUACGACACUGUAGCUGUGGCACGAGAAGGGAUAUACCACCUGAAACGCCUGGUGACGUGA